UUUCAUAUGCGCUUUCAUAGAUUUUGGAGGAGAUGUAUCAACAGCCGCUAUAACAAAAGUAGAAAUCGGAACAUACAACAAAUGUUUAAGAAGUAAACGGCAGCUUCGCACCAAAACCAACGCGUUAAUCGUUUCACUCGCAGUGGCGGACUUUUGUGUUGGGAUGAGCGCUGUUCCUCCGCUGUUCAUGUGUGAGAUGGCAGGAAGUUGUAAUCAUUUGGGUACCAUGGUAAUCACAUGGACGACAAAAAGCCUAUUCCAGUAUGCGUCUGUGACCAACCUUUGCUGUUUAGUCCUGGAUCGCUACAUUGCUGUUGUAAAACCGUUAAAAUACUUGACCUUUAUGAAGCGUCGCCGAGUCAUUCAGAUGGUAACCUUAUCAUGGGUCAUUCCAAUUGUUCUCAUUUUCUUUACAUACAUCGUAUUGAGUAUUUCCUUUUUCCAAAAAUCGAUUCUCCCCAUAAAGGUUAUAACUGUUAUGUUCAUCAGUCUCGAGAUGUUUCCAAGUAUGUUAUUGAUAUGUUUCUUUGUAGCUAUGUUAAAACUCGUAUUUAAGCAUAAUCGAGCCGCUCGUUUUCUAGCAAAACAGUUACGCUUCAAUCAUCAGGUUUUCUUCAAAACUCAGGAGAAGUCUGCUAUUAUAAUGAUGGGGAUUGUAAUCGGAUUGUUCCUUGUGUGUUAUGGCAUUUUUCUACGAUGCAGCUUCACGGUAGUUUCCGAUAUGGAUACAUCAUGUAAUGAUACACAAUUUAAAAUGCCCCUUUUAGUGUUAAACUCUGCCAUCAACCCUCUAGCGUACUCUUUCUUCAAGAGAGACAUAAAAAAGGAGAUUAAAGGACACUUUUGUUGCUCCGUGUCAUCAAAGUCAAACAGAAUUCAUCCUUUAAAUGAGAACAGCUCCGCAUGAGUUAAUGUAAACGAGUAAGUCGUAACCUUUUAUUGUAGGACUUUUUGUUAUAAAUGUAAAUGGCGGCAGAAUAAAUGAUUGCCAAGAAUUAAUAUAUUCAAUUUAGCAGUUAUAAGAAAC